GUUGAUAUGAUCAUAUCUACGACAUGAUCACUCAGCUGUAUAAAUAAGACAGAGAGUCCCCUACUCUUGCAUAGAUCUGGGACACUGUUGAUAAAGUAGUAUGUCGAAGAUCUUUUUCCUAGCGACCGUCUUAGCGGUCGCACUUGCCGAUGAUUCUUAUGUCGUGUUGACGCCAAGCAGUUUUCGAGGUGGUCUUCCACUGAGUGUAAGCGUGAAUAUUCUCAAGGCCACGGCACCUGUCAGCGUUACAGUAUCUCUGGUCAACGAGGGAUCAAAAACAACUGUUGCUACAGCCACUGGCUCAUUUUCGAAAGGGACCCCAGGGACUCUGCAACUACUGGUGCCGGAUGACGUCCACGCAGGUUCAUACAAGUUGCACGUUACUGGGUCAGGAGGGGCAACAUUCACAAAUGAGACCACUAUAACAUUUGAAAGCAAAAGUAUUUCGCUGUUUAUACAGACAGACAAAGCCAUGUACAAGCCAGGACAGACAGUCAAUUUCCGAGCUUUUGCAGUAUUUCCUAACUUGACAGUUUACACUGGGCCAAUGGACAUCGACAUAUACGAUCCUGCGACAAACAAGAUCAAGCAGUGGAGGGGCUUAUCGGAUCCUAGCGGGGUCGUUACAAAGUUCAUGUUGAUGGACAGUCAGCCUGUCCUUGGAGACUGGAAAAUUAAAGUCAUGGCCCAUGGAAGAUCAGAAGAAAAGGCUUUCACCGUUGCACAUUACGUUCUCCCUAAGUUUGAAGUAACAGUGGAACUUCCUACAUACAUCUUGUCAUCAGACGACACAGUAACUGGAAAGGUCAAGGCAACGUAUACCUAUGGUAAGCCAGUUAAAGGGACUGUGGAUAUAAGAUUGAAGAUCGAUCAUUGGUACAGACCAUACAAUUACCAUGGUGACGAACCACAAGUUACACAAACUUUGUCGAUUGACGGAGAAGCCUCAUUUACAAUGCAGUUAUCACAGAUUAAACAAGCUGCCCAUUAUUUGACUGGACAUUCGUUUCUUGUAGAAGCUAAUGUGACAGAAAGUUUAAACAGUAUCACAUUAAAUGGCGAUAGUCAAGUCAAAAUCUAUGACCAUGCUGUCAAACUGGAAUACCUUCCAUCAAACCCAAACACCUUCAAACCAGGUCUUCCAUACACAGCUUAUCUUAAAGUUGUUCAGCAAGAUGACACACCAAUAACAGGAAAACGUGAAUCACUAAUUGUUAAAGUACAACCAACGUGGCAAGAGAACUCGGGUACCUCAACCCCAUAUCCCUGGUACAGUGCUCCACAGCAUUCAUACUACAUGGCGGAUCAAACCUUUACAGUACCUGACGCAGGAAUAGUACCAAUACAAGUUGAUAUCCCUGAAAACUCGACCCACAUCAAUGUUGAAGCACAUUACGGAAAAAUCGUCGCAAGACUGAGCUUGUCGAAAAGUUAUUCCCCAAGUGAUAACUACAUGCAACUCUUCCUAAAAUCAUCGAGUCUCAGACCUGGACAAACAGCAACAUUUGAAAUCAAAUCAACAGAGACGAUUCCCUCAGCUGUGUAUCAGGUUAUGUCACGUGGUUCAGUGGUUGCGACUGGAAGUUUCAAUGGAAACAAUUUCAACAUUCCAAUAGACGCUGAGAUGGCACCAAACGCUAGAAUCAUUGUCUACUAUGUAAGAACAGACGGUGAAGUUGUUACAGACAGCAUCAGCUUUGAUGUAGAUGGCGCUUUCCAAAAUCAAGUAACAAUCGAUUUCGACAAAUCAAAAGCUCAACCAGGUGAAAAUGUGAAUGUCAUUGUAAAAGCCGAUCCUCAGUCUGUAGUCAACCUAUUAGCAGUAGAUCAGAGUGUACUCCUUCUGAAGUCCGGAAAUGACGUCACAGCAUCUGAAGUUAUUGAUGAGCUGAAAUCAUAUGACACAAUUAAGCACGCCAGAUCACCAUUCUGCUGUGACUUCAUGCCAAUGGCAGUGAACCGCCGUAAGAGGUUUGCUAUAUGGUGGCCUUAUCCCGUAUAUUAUGGUGGAUCCGAUGCCCAAGAUAUCUUUGAUAAUUCUGGAGUUCGAGUGAUGACAGACGCCACAGUCUACCAUCAUGUGGAGCAGCAUUACUAUAUUCACCCUGAGUUUGCAUAUUUAUUGGGCGGGGGCGGACCCGGGCCCGGGGCGAUUGAUAGUGUAAAGCCGGCUUCAGGCGGUGCUGCAAUGACACAUGGUACACAACAGCACGCGCCUGUUGAUAAAAUAAGGAGAGCUUUUCCUGAGACUUGGCUUUGGAGUAAUUCCUCUGUAGGAGCUGACGGUACAGUUACAAUUAACACAACAAUUCCAGACACGAUUACAUCAUGGGUUGCUAGUGCCUUUGCCGUCAACUCAGCGUCAGGCCUCGGAGUGGCUUCUUCUACUGCAAAGGUUGAGGCAUUCAAGCCGUUUUUUGUGAGUUUGAACUUACCCUACUCCGUGGUGAGAGGGGAACAACUAGCUUUACAGGCAAACGUUUUCAACUAUAUGUCUCAAGAUCUCGAUGUUGUUGUGACACUGGAACAGUCAAAUGAUUUUAAGAAUGUUAUUGUAGAUUCAUCUGGAACUGUGCAGUAUGUUUCACAGCAACUAGUUCAAAACAUUCAUGUAGCCGCCGGGGCAGCAAAGAGCGUGUUUUUCCCAAUUGUUCCAGCAGCUCUUGGUAAAAUACCAAUCACAGUGAAGGCGCAAUCUAUUCUCGCUGCUGAUGCUGUACGCAGACAACUUCUGAUUGAGCCUGAAGGCGUGGCAAAGGAGUAUAGUAACCCCAUACUUAUUGACUUGAAAAACGUGACUUCGUUCAGUAAAGAUGUCGCCCUAUCAUUACCGGCAGGUGUUGUUGCAGGAUCACAAAGAGUUGUUGUAUCUGCUAUAGGUGAUUUAAUGGGACCAACAGUCAACAACCUUGACAAGCUAUUACGUAUGCCCACUGGAUGUGGUGAACAAACAAUGCUGGGAUUUGCUCCAGACGUGUUUGUUACCAAUUACUUGACGGCUACAAACCAACUAACCGGUGAUAUUGAACAAAAGGCUCUCAAUUUCCUCGAGAAAGGAUAUCAAAGAGAAUUAACAUUCCAACAUAAAGAUGGCUCAUUCAGUGCCUUUGGGGACAGAGACAAAUCAGGAAGCAUGUGGUUGUCUGCCUUUGUAACAAAGUCUUUCCACCAGGCUAAGAAGCAGAUAUUUAUUGACGAUGACACAAUUAAACGUGCUAUAGAUUGGAUGGUAAGCAAACAGAAUGCAGAUGGUUCAUUCCCAGAACCUGGACGUGUCAUUCACAAAGAUAUGCAGGGAGGUUCGGCAUCUGGACUAGGACUCACAGCCUUUGUACUGAUUUCCCUUCUUGAAAAUAACGAUCUCGGAGGUAGUAUUCAGCAGAGAAUCAACAAUGCUGUCACUAAGGCAACAGGAUACGUUGAGAGCCAACUGUCAACAACAACUGAUGAUUAUGCAUUGGCUAUUAGUAGUUUUGCCCUGCGUCUUGCAAAGAGUUCAUCUGCUGACACCGCCUACGCAAAAUUGAACAAUGAUGCAAUUGUUAAAGAUGGUAUGCGUCACUGGCACAAAGCCCAGACCAGCUCAUCCAGCCAUAACUAUUGGAGACCGUCUCACUCGCAGGCUAACCCAAUCGAUAUCGAGAUGACGUCAUAUGCCCUUCUCGUGCAAGCUGCUAAACAAGACUUCGGUAACGGCAUACCUAUAAUGAAAUGGAUAACUUCACAGAGAAAUUCAAAUGGUGGAUUUGCCUCAACACAGGACACAGUUAUCGGAUUACAAGCAUUAUCAGAGUUUGCUGUAAUGGCAUACUCGGACAAUUUUGAUAUCCAAGCAACAAUAACAGCUGGAACAUUUACACACAAAUUCUCCAUCAACAAGCAAAACGCACUUGUUCUCCAAACUGUAGUGCUUCCAUCUGUUCCAAGCCAGGUUUCUGUGACUGCAACAGGACAUGGUAUGGCUCUGGUUGACAUAAACCUCUCAUUCCAUGUGGAACAGGAGAUUGAAGAGAAAUCAUUUGAUGUCACUGUAACAAUGGUUCAAGAAACUGUAGACUUCCUCUCAAUCAAAACAUGUGCUACAUGGCUGAAGACAGGGGCAAGUGGUAUGGCGGUUCAGGAAUUUGGUAUUCCAAGCGGAUUUGAAGCCGACUUGGAGAGCAUUGCUGGUGUUGCUGAGAUAAAAAAAGUUGAAAGUGAAGACAGAAAAGUCAUACUAUAUUUUGACGAGAUUACGACUGAACCAAUUUGUCUUACAAUGGAUGUUAUCCGAACAGGCAUGGUCGCAAAGUCGCAGCCAGCAACUGUGAGGGUAUAUGACUACUAUCAACCAAGUAACCAAGUAACAGCAUUCUAUGAGUCCCACGUGUUAAAGAAUUCAGACAUCUGUGACGUAUGCGCAGAUUGCGGAUGCAAGGGUGCACAAAGGCGAUAAAACAUGUGUUGAAAUGGACAUUUCUGAACAUUUGUGUCAAUUUAUUUUGUGUAAAAAUAAGAUUUUAUAGUAGUUCAGAUAAAUUUCUGACAGAGACAUGAAUAUUAUAAUUGUUCAUAUAUGAAGUGAUUGUUUUGCAGCUUUUCAGUAUGAUCAGUAUGAUAUACACUUUUGUAUACAUUCAAUGUAGUAUGAUAGUCAUAUCCUUGUUAAUUGAAGGAAUUAGGGCAUAUUUUUAUGUUUCUGUUUGUUUGCUUUUCCAUAUUAAAACUGAAAUUAAUCAUU